CAGCUUCUGAGAAAUGCAGCCUCAGCCCACAACAGACCCGCUGAAUCAGAACUUGCAUUUGACGUGCUUCCCCCAUUCAGAUGCACGUUCACGUUUGAGGAGCACUGAUGUAAAACAUCGUUGGCGGUGCCCGGCGUUUCCAAGGAAACGGUGCCCCAAAAUGCCUGUCUGACUCAUUAAAGGAUCUUCAUUGUAGGAUCAGUUCCAAAAGAGCCCAGAGAAGGAGGUAUGCCCAUGGAUAUUUCCAUAACUCCAUCCUCGCUCCAGGUGAAAACCCCUGGAGGCUGCACAGAGAUCUGCCUUCCAGCAGAGGUCAGGCUUGUGCCUUCCUCUGGCCAUGGGCUGCAGUACGUGGCUGGAGAUGGACUACACCUGCGGCUGCAGGCGCGGACGGAAUUCAGCACAAAGCUGACUUCAAUGUUUAAUCAAAGCUCAGAAGCCCAAGGCUGCUGCACAUUUUAUUGCCAGUCCUGCGGUGAAGUCAUAAUAAGGGACAGGAAGCUCCUCAGGGUGCUCCCGUUGCCGAUGGAGAACUGGGGAGCUCUAGUUGGAGAAUGGUGUUGCCAUGCGGACCCCUUUGCUAAUAAGCCCCUUCAUCCGCGAGAGAACGACUGUCUUAUUGGAGACGCUUUCUACUUGGUGAAUUUAAGAAGUGACACCUGGCAGCCAAGUCCUCAAGUAGCUCCAGGGGAGAUGCACUGUCCGCCUUCCGAGAACCAUUUUAAAUCGAAACCAAAGGCAAAUACCAAAGUAAUUUGUAAGCGUUGCAAGGUAAUGUUGGGAGAGACCAUGUCAUCAGAAACCAUUAAGUUUUAUAUGACAGAGGUGAUUAUGCAGCCAUCUGAGAGAAAUUUUCCCAUCAUACCAAGGUCUCAAUUUGUACAGAGCACUGUCGCUCAGUGCCUAGUGGAACUCUCCUCUGCUAGAAGCACUUUCAGAUUCAGUGUUCAAGGUCAUGACAGCAAACCAUACAUCUUGCUAUGGCUUUUAAACUCAGACAGUUUGGUGAUUGAAUCUUUGGUGAGUUCCAGAAGUGUCAAAAAGUUUCCCUUGCUGGAAGACAUAUUGAAGGCAGAUUCCAGUUCUGCUCAGAAUGCUGUCAAAGUCCUCUACCAGCCAUGCAUCAAAAGUAGGAAUGAAAAGCUUGUCAGCUCCUGGGAAAGUGACAUCAGCGUCCACCCUCUGACCCUGCCCUCUGCAACCUGCUUGGAGCUGCUGCUGCUAUUAUCAAGGAAUAACGCCACGCUGCCUCCGUCCCUUCGCUGCCUGAAUUCCUUUCAGAUUUGCCCCGGAACAAGGAUCUUCAGCUUGCAGUCAAAUUGCCAAGUGGAUGCUUAACAGUAAUAGGGUCUUACCCACUCUGAGCACCUGUUCCCUCUCUCCCUGGUCCCACCAUCAUCACUUUCCCACUCUCCUGGGUAUCUAUCUAUGCUCCAGGUAAAGGACAAGGUCAGAACAGGACAAACAGGACAGCAAAUAUAGACCAACCAGCAAGAGGACUUUCUCCCUGGUAGGCAGCUAAUUGUCAUUGAGGUGGCAAAUGAGAAUGAAGAUGUUAGUCACUGAAGUUGUGACCCAAUAGCUACUGAGUGUAAUUGAACAUAUCAAUGAGUCUUGACAAUGGAAAAAUAUUCACAAACCUUCUGAGCUUGGUGAGAAGGCCACAUGCCCAGGUGAGAAAUGAGUCAAUGUAUGUCAAUUCUACUUCUGAAGGGUUGCUGGUGUAUCUUAAAAUAACUUCAAUGUGUGUUGCUUGGUGCAUCUCUGUUAAAAUAAGACAUGAAUUCUUCUAUGAAUUAUAGCUCAAAAAAUUGAUUAAAAAAACAUAAUUACUGCAAUCUAAUUUGUAUCCAUAUUCUCCUGGUAAUUUAUUAUACUGAUUAUCUCUGUGAUUUUCUUCCUGAUACAAAUUUCAGACUUUGGCCAUGGUGUACCUGUUUGUAUUUAUCAUUCAUUACUCGGUUAUCAACUUUGAUACCGGACUCAAGGGACCCUAGAAAACACCUUAUUUUGUAGGAGAGGAAACUGAGACGCAGAGAGAUGGAGUGAACUGGCCAGGGACCACCCAGCAUGUUAGAGACAGAGCUGGAGUCCCCUGGCAAAUGCCCAGGUAACUGCAUCUACCACCUGAAUGCAGUACUCACCCAAGUUUUGGGAGGUGGAGGGUGUGUCAGUGGUAGAUGGAGGCCAGUUGUGUCUAUCUUGGAAUAUCCACAUCAUCCCUUAUUCUGUAGUAAUUUGUAAUUAUUUAUUUGUAUGCUGCCCUGAACCAGAAAUGAUUUAAAAUUCUAUCAAUAUUCCUUUCUUCUAAGUUUUGCUCUUGAGAUUGAACACUGGAUAACACAAAAGUUUAUAUAUGCCCACAAACUUUUUUGAAGGGAGGUAAGAAACUUAACAAUGGUUACCUUUGGGGAGUGAGGCUGGAAGGCAAUUAUUUUUUAUUUGUUCCUUCAUGUAUGGUGUGAAAUUUUUAUAUGAUGGGUGAGUGGGGAGCCAGAGAGAUGACUCUGACUUGAAGGAUUUUACACAGAAUAUUGGGGAAGAUGGAACCAUCAUCUGUGUGUGAUAUAAAUUGAGAAUAAUUAUAUUAAAAAGUUGCCUCAACGCAAGUCUUAGGGAUGAAAGGUAAAAGAGGAAUCUAAACCGGGUGUGGGGGAUUUGAGAGGAGGCCCCGUCUGUAUUUCUUCUCCAUGAGACGAGGCAGGCGGCCUUGCUGCCUUUGAGGAUCUCCUCUCGGGCUCAUGUAAACACAGGGGCAGGAAAGCCUGCCCUGCUCUUGGUGGCAUUACUGUUCUCUCCUCUCACCUCUAAUCACGGGAGCUUUUAGAGCUGUCAGCACGUUAAUUGCUAAGUGACCCUCUCUAUUAGUGAUUGUACUUCCUCUGGUCUCAGUCUGUUUGCUGAAUAUUAUUGUCAGGAGCACAAACACUUGCCCGAUUUCAAAGGUACAGAGAAACUUGUCACAAGUUCCUGAACAGUGUCUGCUAAAGAGAUUUCCCCCUGCUUCUGGCCCUGGAAAGACGCAUUCUUUUUUUUUCUUUUUUUUUGUUUUUAAUAUAUUUUAUUGAUUUUUUACAGAGAGGAAGGGAGAGGAAUAGAGAGUUAGAAACAUUGAUGAGAGAGAACCAUCAAUCAGCUGCCUCUUGCACGCCCCCUACUGGGGAUGUGCCCACAACCCAGGUACAUGCCCUUGACCGGAAUCGAACCUGGGACCCUUGAGUCCGCAGGCCGACGCUCUAUCCACUGAGCCAAACCGGUUAGGGCGGAAAGACGCAUUCUUAUUAUGGCUUUACCAGGAAUCGACUUCCC